ACAACUAGCUCUAGUAAAUAACUUUAUUGACAUUGUAAACCAGUUUGUUUACGUCUGAUGAUAAAUAUUAAAGUUUUCUGUAAUUUAUUGCUAAUAUUGUACAAUUGUUAGUCUUAAUACUAAUGUUUAGCUCUUAAUCUAUAAACUAAACUUAUCGUGCGUAUUUAGGAAUAAAAAAUACGAAACAUAACCUAAAAUAUGGAGGAAGCCAGUGAUAAGCAGAAUACCGAAGAAAAAAUCGUGUUUAAAAAGCCUGUACUCUUCGGUCGUAUUGGAAAACUACCGAAAAAGGUCAAGAAUGAAUCUGAAGAGGCGACAGACAAUGAAAAUCAGCAACAGGAGCAAAACAGUUCGAAAACAUCGCGAUCAAAUGAAAGAGGGAAAGAUUCGCCUAUGAUAGUACCAAACGAUGUGUUAUCGAUGCCAAUACCUUAUAAGGAACCAAAAUGGUCUGGAAUUUGCCCUGACGGUACAGACUAUUCUUUGGAGGUGUUAAAGUCCGGGAUGAUCGUUGACAAGACGGAUUUGACGAAGAGAGCAUUCUAUGUGUUUGGACGAUUAAAUAAUUGUGAUGUGAUGAUGGCACACCCUACUAUAUCCAGGUACCACUGCGUCCUCCAAUACAAAGCGUUCGCUGAAGAAGGCGAGCCUCCCUGUGGCUGGUACCUGUAUGACCUGGGCAGUACACACGGCACCUUCCUCAAUAAAGACAGGGUGAAGGUCAGCCACUACACCAGAGUCAGGGUCGGACAUCAGAUCAAGUUUGGGAAUAGCACUCGAACUUAUAUUUUGUUGGGUCCGGACUUCGACACAGAAGGCGAAUCAGAAUUGAGUGUAACAGAAAUAAAGCAGCGAGCCAAUACUAUGAAGGAAGAACGAGACAGAAUGAUACAAGAUGCUAUAGAACAGAGAGAGAGGGAGCGAAAGGAGGAGGAGCGACGGAGAGAUGAGAUGGGCAUCGAUUGGGGGAUGGGAGAAGAUGCUGAAGAGGAGCCGGACUUAGCAGACAAUCCUUAUGCGGUCACAGCCAACGAGGAACUGUAUCUGGAGGAUCCUAAGAAGACCCUCAGAGGAUACUUCGAGAGAGAGGGACAUGAACUCAACUAUAAUUGUGAUGAGAAGGGCAUAGGACAGUUUGUUUGUAGGGUGGAACUCCCAAUAGACGAUGCUCGUGGUAAUCCAGUGAUAGCUGAAGUCAUCCACAAAGGCAAGAAGAAGGAGGCUGUGAUAGCUUGCGCGUUGGAGGCGUGUCGGAUACUGGACAGAGCCGGGCUGCUGAGGCAGUCUAAACAUGAAUCUCGCAAACGCAAGGAGCGCGAUUGGUCUGCGGAUGACUACUACGACUCCGAUGAUGACACCUUCCUGGACCGCACCGGCAGCGUCGAGAGGAAACGGAAGCUUCGCAUGCAGAAACAUGGAGCCGCACCCGUGGAGGACGAGAAACCUAGGACUUAUGAUGAUUUGUUAAAAGAAAUAGCAGAAAUUGAAAAGAAGAUAGAAAUAGAAGAGAAGAACCUGUCAACAUUGCGGAGUAGUUCCACAGUGGGUCAGCAGAGCAGUGAGGAUGUGGACGAGUUAGAACAAUACAUGAACAGUUUGAGCAAACAGGGACAAAGUAUGGCUACUAAAGCUGAGAUAUCUAGGACUAAGAUGACCAUUCAGAAGUUGAAGGCGGAUCUGUCAAAGACACAGCGCCUGGCUGAGCUAGCUCGGCCGGCGCACCUUCCUCCACUCGUCAAGAAAGACUCCAAGAUACACAUUAAACAAGCGAGCAACUCCGCUGUAUAUGGAAAAAGAUUAAUACUGAAAGAUGACACAGAGAAGAAAGUCAAAGUUAGAAGAGAUGUCAAACAAGAAGAAUCCGAAUUUGUCGAAGAAAUGGACGAUGAUGAUGAUGCUGAUGAUGAACAUUCAUCAAAUAAUCACCAAACAGAAGAAAAGAAAUUAAAUACAGAAGGAGAAAGCAAGAAUGACAGAGAAGUAAAAAGAAAUGAACAAGAGAAAGGAGAUUCUAGCGUAGAAGAGGGAGUUAGAGAAGAAAAGAGUACAAAAACAAAAAUGUAUGGUCCAAUGCGUCCCCCUGAAAAUUACGUGAUACCUGAAGAUUAUUACGAUCAGACUAGUGACAGAGAUCUUCCUGAAAUUGUGGAGAAAGAGACUUAGGAAACAGAAAUAAAACAACACUUGCGUUGUAUGCAGCCUUUCGAGACACAAUCCCCCUUCCCCCAUCCCCCAUCCCCCCAUCCCCAUACCCCCAAUAUCCAAACUGAAGUGCCGACAACGCAUUUGUAACUCGUCUAGUGUUACUUUUGCGUAACCGGAAACCCAAUCCCCCCUCACCCCCUAUACACAAAUCCCCCUAUUAGAUAUCAUUCCCUAUUGGGUAUUCAAAAUCACUAAAAAGCUGGCAACGCAGUUGUAACUCCUCUAUUGUUGCGAUUGUACAUGGGGCGGCGCCGAUUGCUUACCAUCAGGUGAACUGUCUGCUCGUUUACCUCUAUGCCAUAACAAACCACCUCUUUGCCUACUACCUAACUAGAGGGAUGCCGAUCUGUUAUAUAGGACCUUUUUAUAUGACUAGCUGACCCGGCAAGCUUUAUACCGCCUCAAAUUUGUUUUAACCGACUGUUUUGGUUUUCUCAUCUUUUAAGCCUUCCCUGGACUUCCACGGUCAUUUCAAAACCAAAAUUAGUCAAAUCGAUUCAACCGUCAUCGAUUUUUAGCUAGACAACAGAAAUUCAUACUUAUUUAUGUAGCU